AUGGAUGGUUUCAUAGACAUGGCUGCUAUUUGCAUUUUCCUUACUGGAAACCUAGUGCCCACCUUGUUAGCUGAUGUUUACUAUUACAAGAGCCAUAGGUACACUAAGAAGAAAGGGAUGAUUUCUUGUUGUGCUCCUUUACUAUAUCAGUGGUUUCUUGAGCAUCUUCCAAAGACAGGUGUUUUUGUAGAACAGUCAGAUAUUAGUUGGCCUCAGAGAUUGGGAUCACUCCGAUCCGAAGAUCUUUCUUGGUAUUCCAAAGAAUACAUCAACAUGGACAUCAUAUUCAGCUGUGGAGAUUUCCCUAAUCUACCACUUAUUGGAACUCAAGUAUGCGUGAAUUCUAACCCGGUUCUAUCACUAAGACAACUUGGCUACCCAAUGGAAGGCCCUCCAGAGGCAAGAUCUUUGGAAUCUUUCUUGUUGCUUGACUUUGGGGUUGAGAACCCUAGCUUGUUCCAACGAAUCAGAGAGGCUUGGAAGAAUGUCAAUCGAAAAAGGAAAGCUGAUUUGGGGAGAGCAAAUGGGAUUACAAAAGAACCAUAUUUGCACUGGGUAAAAGAAAGGGUGGAGAUGAUCAAAAUUCCAUUCGUCAUUCGGACACCUGUACCUCUUCCUGGACCUAAGCUCACCCAUGUCCCUAUUGAAGAAAUGGAGGAACUAAAGACCACUACGGAAAAUCUAGAAAAAGAGAAUGAAGAGUUGAAGAUAAAACUCCAACAAAUCAUCAAUGAGAAAAACACCAUGAAGUGGGAGCUUGAGAUAAAGGAUGCACAGCUUCAAGCACAUGUGGAAAAGUUCAACAAAGAGGAGCAUAAGAGGAAAAAGAUCAAAGUGGGACUAGAACAAGCUGACCAUUGCCUAGAUACUCUUAAAGGUCGAUUACGAUGA